AAAAUAUAAAUAGUCAGUUGUGAUCAUGACCUUCCGGGUACUGGUUGUGUUCAGCGUCCUUUGCACCGCACAAUGCUUGGCCCACUCGUUUCCACCAGGGUUCAAAUUUGGCGCCGCGACAUCAGCUUAUCAAAUAGAAGGGGGUUGGAAUGCUUCUGGCAAAGGUCGUAACAUUUGGGAUACAUUUACACACGGUACAAGCAAUAUAGUGGUCGAUAAAAGCAGUGGGGACAUAGCAUGCGACUCCUACCAUUUGUGGCAACAAGAUGUUAACAUGGCUGAAGAAUUGGGGCUCGAUUUUUAUCGAUUCUCCAUAUCAUGGUCCAGGCUACUCCCAAAAGCGUUCGCAAAUGAGAUCGAUGAAGAUGGAGUAGCAUAUUACAACAAUUUGAUAAAUGAAUUGUUGAAACGCAACAUAGAGCCUGUUAUUACUCUGUAUCAUUAUGACCUUCCACAGAUUCUGCAAGAUCUUGGUGGCUGGGUGAACCCCCUCAUAGCAGACUGGUUUGCCAACUACGCCAAAGUAGCUUACUCCCUCUACGCUGACAGAGUAAAGACUUGGCUCACCAUCAACGAACCAUCCAUACUGUGCGACUACAUUUUCACCACUGGGAUGUUUCCUCCAAUGAUAAAGGAACCCGUACUGGGACCAUAUUUGUGUAAUAAGAAUGUCCUGUUAGCGCAUGCCAAGGCUUGGAGAAUAUAUGAUGAAGAAUACAAGCCUGUUUUUAAAGGUCGAGUAUCGAUAGCCAAUAACCCAGUAUGGAUAGAACCAGCUUCUCCAGAACAUGCAAACUUGGCGGAACUCGCCAGGGAAUUUGGGGCUGGUCGUUAUUCCCAUCCUAUAUAUUCAAAAAAGGGUGGAUGGCCACCAAGUGUCGAGAAGCACAUGGCAAUACUGAGCAAGAAGCAAGGCUAUUCAGAAUCAAGACUACCCUCAUUCAGUAUUGAAGAAAUUGAACUUAUACGAGGUACUUACGACUAUUACGGACUUAAUCAUUACACGAGUCGUGUUAUUCGUCCAAGACGACCAGGCGAAGAAAUUGGGCCAUGGAUCUUCUACGGCUCCACGGAGUUGGAUGCUGUGCUGGAAACGCCGAAGUCCUGGCCCACCACUGAUGCUGAUGAUGUUGUUAUGUAUCCUAAAGGAAUUCGUAAGCAAUUAGAAUGGCUUCAUCACAAAUACGGAAAUAUAACCUUCCUGAUAACAGAAAACGGCUGUGCAAGUCGCAGUGAUGACAAUGACCAAGACAGAAUAGCCUUUAUUAAAAGCUAUUUAGAGCAGGUAUCCCUUGCUAUUAAAGAAGGUAUUCAUGUAGAAGGAUACACUGUGUGGUCACUGAUGGAUAACUUUGAAUGGCUUUUUGGUUACAAAACUAAAUACGGGUUAUACAAAGUCGACUUCAAUGAUCCUCAGCGAAGAAGAACACCACGUGCGUCGGCGCAUUAUUACGCAAAUGUCAUCAAAACCAGAACAACAGAUUUCCCGACGAAUAUAAGACAUAAAAAAAAAUAUUAUAAUAAUCGCUCGAACGCGAAAAGCCUUCACAGCCAUAAUAUAUUGUUAUUUAUUUUAUGUUGGUUAUGUGUAAAAUAAAAUUCUCUUCUAAAUUA